AUGGAGGAACAUGGAACAGCACAGACAACUUUCACUGAGGGGGGAGAGGGAACCGUAAACAUUACAGGACCAUCAGGGAGCACCACCGUCCCAAGUGUCGACUUUGUGGAGGAUCCCAACGAUUUACUCCCAGAUGUGCUCAAUGAUUCGUUUGACACUAAUUCGGACGACAUAGAGGACCGCUUGAGUAAACUGGAAAAAGUUCUCAGAAGACCGUCUCACAGCAGAGAAGAAAAGAGACUUCGAAAACCAGGUGGAACGUGUACAAGCUGUCACAAGAAUUAUCCAGACAAAGGAGAAAAUAGUACUCGACCCAAGGAACAAAAAUGUUAGGGAACUCAUCAAGCGAUCAUCUGUUAGAACACUCAAUGAUGGCACAGAGGUAUUAAUGUUUAGAAGUGAACAAGGUAUUAACAAAUGUGGUACCCAGAUAAUGAAACGUGGGAAGACCAGCAUUCCAACAUACUCCAAGAAUUCCACUGCAUUGAGAGAGUACAAGGAAUUAGUGAGGAAGAUUAGGGAGGAACCAUCAACUAGCACCCAUGAAGGAGAUGAUGAAAGUGUAACCACAGUUGUAGAUCAGGGUGCUGCAUUGAACAACCCCGGUGGUUAG